CGGGACAUUUUCUCAAACUGCCGUCCCACCACGAACUCUCUUUCCUUCACCUCAAAGCUACAAAUCCAGAUCUGAGGCCACUAUCAGGUAUCAAAUCCUAAAUUAUCAUUCCAUCUCAUCACCACACUCUAUAAUCUCACUUCUCAUUCCAGAUCUCACACUCACAAACAAAAAUCAUUCAUUCAACAACAAUCCGCUUCAGUUGCUCGCAUUUUCUCCCAUCAGAUUCAUUUGUUAGCUGUGAAAUAUGUGGAGAAUCAAGCAGUUCAUGCCUAAGGAGAAAUCCGGGCUUGAAGGUCGUAUGCUCGACAUCGGGAAUCUGAAAAUCCAUGUUCGCCAUGUCAUAGCUGAGGGUGGUUUCUCUUGUGUUUACUUGGCUCAAGAUGCUCUAAAUGGUUCAAAGCAGUACGCACUGAAGCACAUGAUUUGUAACGAUGAAGAAUCUCUAGAACUAGUGAGGAAAGAAAUAUCUGUGAUGAAGUCACUUCAAGGACACCCGAAUGUUGUUAUGCUAUGCGCCCAUUCUAUCUUAGAUAUGGGGCGGACAAAGGAAGCACUCCUUGUAAUGGAAUACUGCGAUAAAUCGCUGGUUAGUGUGCUGGAGAACAGAGGUGCUGGCUUCUUUGAGGAAAAACAGAUACUUAUAAUGUUCAGGGAUAUCUGUAAUGCAGUUUUUGCUAUGCACUGUCAGUCACCACCCAUUGCUCACCGCGACUUGAAGGCAGAGAAUCUUUUACUUGGACCUGAUGGGUUAUGGAAGUUAUGUGAUUUUGGUAGUACUUCAACGAAUCAUAAACGUUUUGAGAGGCCAGAAGAAAUGGGCAUUGAAGAAGACAAUAUAAGGAAGCACACAACACCUGCUUAUAGAUCCCCUGAGAUGUGGGACUUGCUCCUUAGAGAAGUUAUAAGCGAGAAAGUUGAUAUAUGGGCUCUAGGGUGUCUUCUAUUUCGCAUCUGCUAUUUCAAGUCUGCAUUUGAUGGUGAAUCGAAGCUACAAGUUUUGAACGGAAACUAUCGAAUUCCAGAAUCGCCAAAGUAUAGCUCAUCGAUGACGGAUUUGAUUAGGGACAUGCUGCAAUCUUCACCGGAUUCCAGACCAGACAUCACGCAGGUGUGGUUUCGAGUUAAUGGUCUGUUACCUGAUGCGUUACAGAAGUCGUUACCAGAUAGGCCACCUGAAAUGCUUCAAACCGACAUUACUGAAGGUCUUCAAAAGUCUGCAAAUAAAUCUAGUCCGAUGCCUCGUAGAAGUCCACCACCUCCUCCAACCGCUGCUGAGUCGGCACGAACUGCACCUCAAACAAGUGGCGGGUCCAUAGGCGCUUUCUGGGCAACUCAGCAUGCUAAGGAAUCUGCAGUUGUUGCCGAAGAUUUUAGCAAACCUACAUUCGAUGAAGAGCCAAGUGUCCCUGAAAGGAGGUUUUCUAUACACAGAACUAGUCCUCCUAAAACUGAAACUAGUCAUUCCCGCCCCUCGCAAAAAUCCGUCCAGGGCAAAUCAGGCCCUUCAAAGGACUUUGAAAUGAACUUUUCAAGUGACGAUUUCAAUGCUUUUACAACUGAGUUUGACGUUAAGAAAGUCAGCCCUAGAGGGAGUAUUGGGAAGGAAGAGCAGUUAGAGGCUGAGGUGGAAAGAUUGAGGGAACAACUGAAGCAGGUUAAUAUGGAGAAAGGUGAAUUAAGUUCCAAAUAUGAAAAGUUAUCUGCUAUUUGUCGAUCACAGAGACAAGAGCUUCAUGAUCUCAAGCAAACUCUGGCGUCUACAACUCCGUCACCUAAUAAAACUGCCUCCAAAACACAGACGUCUCCUGUCAUUCAAAGCCAGUCUCCGUCUCAACAGGUGCAUCAGAAAGACGAAACAGUUUGGGAGCUGCAGAAGGGACUGUUUGAAAAUACCCCUCCAAAGUCUGAACAAAACUCAUGGCAGGCGUUUCCCGAGCCUCCACCUGUAACAACCACCAACUCUAAAUCUGUUAGAACCAGAAACGGCCACCAGAACAACAAACCACCUGUUGAAGCGGCGGCACCAGCCACCAGUUGGGGUUUUGAAGCAGAAAGCUUUACAGCAGUACCUACUCCGGGUCCUCAGGUAAAGACGCAUGUGAAUCAUUCUUCUCAGCGUUUUGGUGACACCAAAAACAAAGAAAGUAAGGCGAGUGCUCAACCUGCGGGAUGGGCAGGUUUUUAAGGAGAUGUUAUACGAAUUCUGUGUCGGAAAAGAGAUUUAUGGCCUUGUUUGUCUGAUGUGUGUUCUUGUAUACAGAUUUCAACUUGUGACUCCAUGUUAUCAAAUGACUUGUCAGCUUUUAUUUU